CAGAGCUGCAGCUGCUACGGAUAAAAAGAUUGCUCUUCGUGUCACGCAUGACAAGCUAUACGUUAACUUUUAGUUAACGUUAUCUAAAUUGGUGACAUAUAUUAAACUUGUGUUUCGUAGAAAUAGAAAAAUGAGUGUUUCUGUGACACAAACAUUUUGCAAGAAAGAUGGAGGAAAGAAGGGCUACAGACCACAGCGGGUACAUGACUAUCUCUACGAUCCCAUUUACACGGUUUCCGGAGAGAUGGAUCAUGCAAGGGUCUCCUUCAAGUCUCACGCGUCAGUGGAUAGAGUGCGGAAGGUGCCGGAAUUCAAGUCCAUGUUCAGUCACCUGCCGCACCAUCCCCGUUACACCCUUCGUUUGGAGUCCACGGAUCCCGUGCCGGAGUUCAUCGAUCGCAGGUGGCGUGGCCAUGCCGACCAGCGCAGGCAAGCGCUACAGCAGCUGACUGGUGUCAUCCCAGGAAUCCAGACUGAAGCAUCUGACCAGCAGGCUUGCAAUGUGUCUGGUGCAGACCGCUGGAAGUUUUUCAAACGGCCCCUGAUCCCGUUCACCCAGCAGGUUCCCGCUGACGUGGUGUUCGCUGUCCCCAUUUCCACUCUGUUCCCUCUGGGCGGUGGUCAGACUGACCGCGCCCCGACGCCAUUCCAGCGGAGUGUGGCGAUGCAGACAGACUACCGGGACAGCGAGGCGCAGACGGAACCUUACACACCGGAAUACGUGCUGAGGCCCGGCACGGCCCCGCCAGAGCUGCUCACACUGGCCACGCUCACAUGGGGCCGCGGGCUGCCAGCAGGAUUGGCGGAGGUGGAGAUGAUCGAGCGGGCGCGGGUCAAGCGGGCCUGGGAGGCCACCCUGCCGCCGCUCCACGACCUGGCGCAGCUGGACAAGAGGAGGAGGAUGAUGGAGGAGAUGGAGAGGAAGGAGUGGGCCUUCAGGGAGAGCGAGAUCGAGAAGCUCCAAGAGGCCCGUCUGGCCCUGCUCAUGCGGCUGCUGAGGCAGCGGGAGGAGACACAGCAGCAGGUCACGACCCGGCGCCUGGACCAGUGCUUCAGCCAGCAGCAGCUGACCAAAGAGGCGCACCUCAGACGCAUACGCAACAACUACGCCAUCUCUCUGCGGAAGCUGACGGAGAAGCGUAAGAACAUCGAGGGGAAGCUGGAGCGCCGGGACAUUGUGAAGGACUACUCGGACUACGCCUCGCCCACCUACGCCCCGCUGUCCCGCGUGGGCGUCUUCCCCGACCGCCACUCGCAGCGCAACGUGGUCAGGAGCCAGCUGCUGGACACUUACGAAGGCCUCGUCCAGCUGGAGGCGAACAUGCCCUCCUCUGUGCUGGAGCCGCGCAUCAAAGCACCCAAACCCAAAGUGUGCAAGGGCUUCGUCAAGCGUGCCGACCGCCGGGAGAUGGAGCUGGCCAGGACUUACAAGGCUCUGAAGGAGGAGAAGGAGCGGGGGGAGGAGAAGAAGCCUCUGCGUUUCCUCUAUAAGAAGGAGAAGCCAGUGGACCGACCCGCCAGCCCCGUGGUGGAGGCUCCGCCUGAGGGAGAUGAGGAGAAAGAGCUGGCUGUCAUCCUCCUGCAGAAGUUGCUUCGAGGCCGGUCCAUUCAGAAUCAGAUGUUUGAGGGGAAAGAGAGGCGCCUUGAGCUGAUCCAGGACCUGCGCACCACACACGCUCUCCAGCGGGAGGAACAGGAGCUGCUCAAGGAGGAGAAACACCUCAUGGCCACCCUGCAGACCCAGAGAGAACUCCACUGCAACAAGGUGUCCCAGUUGGAGGCUUACGAGGCUGGGGUGUCGGGGGCAGUGCUGGUGGACAUGCUGGACUUCCUGUCCAAGGAGCUGGUGCGUCUGCAGGAGGAGCGGCGUCUGCACGCCCUCACGCUACUGGCCGAGAGGAGGAGGCGCAUGCGCGAGGCCGAGGAGAGCGGCCGACGCCAGCUGGAGGAGAGGAGGCGCCGCGAGGAGGACCACAUCUUCAAACAGGUGGUGAAGGUGCACCAGGACACGGUGGACCUGUAUCUGGAGGACAUCAUCCUGGGCACAGUGGAGCAGACGGCUGACGCCCAGGCACGAGAGGAAGUGCAGAGGCUGGCCGAGGAGGUCAACAACGUUGCCUACGCCAUGGAAGAGACACGCAGCGUUCUGCAGUCCGAGGAGAUUGUCGCUGAGCUGGUCUACAGCUUCCUUCUGCCUGAGAUUCAGAAGAUAUCAGUUAGAGACAAAGUGAGGCAGAGUCAGCGUCGGCACCUGCAGGCCGCCCACUCCAUCAUCCACAGGGGCGCUGAGGGCUCCGCGGCUCCAACUGGACCCCUGAGGCCCCUCUCCCCCUCGGACCGCGCCUCCCAGCAUCUCCUGCGGGACAUGGUCAUCCAGGUGGACGGGACUUUGUCCGUCCCCUCCACCGCCCUAACCGCCAGCAACGCUACUCUGGCAACCACAGCACUGGCAGACCCCUCCCACGAUCAUACAGACAACGUGUUAGAGGAAGGGCAUGAUGCUGAGGAGACUGCCAGUCAUGAUGAGGCAAAACAGGAAGCCGAGGCCUGAGGAGUCAUGAUCAUUUUUGGGUGGCCAAAUUUGUAAUCCUUUUUAAGAAUGACAAUAAAAUGGCAAGAGCAUAUUCUUUGGUAAAAGAAAAA